UCCGCCUACCGGAGUCCACGCCAUGGUAGCCGGCUCGGUCUUACCCCGGCUGCUCGGCGCAGGUGUCCGGCGCUGGCCGCUCCAGCUGCACCUCGUCCAGACGGCGACCCCGGGCCCGGUGGGGCCGAGCGGCAGGACGCUGGGGAGCGCCGUGACGCGGGAGCCCGAGCGCAGCAGCGACCCCAGGCUUGGGAGCCGGGAUCCAGACCCUGCAUCCUCUCCCCUCCCCGCCGCAGAUCUGAACGAGAGGAUCCUGAGCGAGCCCCUCAAGCACUUAGACUUCUUCAAUGUCAAAGAAUUGUUUUCUGUAAGAAGUCUCUUCGAUGCCCGGGUGCACCUGGGACACAAAGCGGGCUGUCGGCACAGGUUCAUGGAGCCGUAUAUCUUCGGGAGCCGCUUGGACCAGGACAUCAUUGACCUGGAACAGACGGCGACGCACCUGCAGCUGGCCUUGAAUUUCACGGCCCACAUGGCCUAUCGCGAGGGCAUCAUCCUGUUUGUGAGCCGCAGGCGGCAGUUCUCACACCUGAUCGAGAACGUGGCCCGGGACUGCGGGGAAUACGCCCAUACCCGCUACUUCAAGGGCGGCCUGCUGACCAACGCGCCCCUCCUCCUGGGCCCCAGCGUCCGCCUGCCAGACCUCAUCAUCUUUCUGCACACGCUCAACAACGUCUUUGAGCCCCACAUAGCUGUGAGGGACGCGGCCAAGAUGAACAUCCCCACUGUGGGCAUCGUGGACACCAACUGCAACCCAUCCCUCAUCACGUACCCCAUCCCGGGAAACGACGACUCGCCCCCGGCCGUCCAGCUCUUCUGCAGGCUCUUCCAGACCACCAUCAACCGGGCCAAAGAGAAGCGCAAGCAGGUCGAGGCCCUGUACCGACUGCAGGGCCAGGAGGGCACCAAGGGCCGCGGUACAGCCGACCCUCCUUCCCCGGGAGUGCAGGCCGAGCUGGACUUGGGUCAUUCCCCUUGACCUGCCUGCUCUUCUCCCGAGUGAAACAGCAGCUGAGUCUGUUCUGAAGCUGGGAACCAACCCCCUGUACCCACACCCACGCCCGGCAUGGUCCUUAGCAUCUUCCCAGUUAUUUCCAGGCUUUGGG